AUGGGAAUAUGUGGAGGAUAAGGGAAUAAGAGACUCACUAAACUAAAUCUCGAAUAAACAAAGGAUUAGACUGGAACUACUUCAAAUAACGAGAACCCAGGAUCUUCAAAGUAGUCUAAGUUCGUAAAGCAAUUAACAGAUUUCAAAGUCGAUCCAUCUAUAUUUGUUACAUUGAAGAAGGGAGAUCUAUUGAAAAAUUACAAAAUAGAUUAGGUUUUAGGGGAAGGAACUUAUGGGAAAGUAAAUCUGGUGACUUAGAAAGCAACAGGACUUUAAAGAGCAAUGAAAAUAGAUCAGGAAGGAUAAAAUAGUAAUUGA